AUGGACAGGGAGAGGGUGAAGGCUGAAUCAGAGUUGCUAUGCAAGGUCAUGGGGCUCGCGGACCCGGGACCGGACGGACUACCGGCCAAAACCCGGACAGUCGAGGGCCUUGACAAAGCUUUCGAUAGCCUGGUCGAGUGGCUCACCUGGGUCGCGAAGGAAAGCACUCCACGGAAGAAGGCGAGCUGCGGCUACAGCUCCCCCUGGUGGACUGUGGAGGUGCAGCAGGCCGCCUGGGAGGCCAGAAGGGCCGAGAGGCUGGCGAAGGAGACCCGGGCAGAGUACUGCUGGGAGGAGCUUAGCGAAAGACUCAAGGACCUUGCUAGAACAACGCGCGAAGCGCGGACUAGGGCUUGGAGGAACAGCCUACAGGAAGCAAGCGAGGCAAAGAAGCCCGAUCAGAUGUGGAGCUUGGAAAGAUGGGCUAGGUUGCGGAGCUUUUUGCCGCCAGAACCACCGAGGCUGCCGGAAUUUAAGGACUCUUCCGGACAGGUAACGGCCGAAACGCACGACCAGAAGGCCAGCGCGCUGGCUGAGAGGUUCUUCCCGGACCCACCGGCCAACCUGACGGACGUGGAAGACCAAGCCUUUUUGGGCAGCUGGAACCCGGGCUUCGACGUCGUACAGGCAGUGACGCCGAUCGAGAUCACGGAGGCGAUGGGAAGAGCAAGCCCCUGGAAGGCGCCAGGCGAGGAUUUGCUCCCGAUGAGCCUUCUGAAGGCGUGCGGAGCACCGUUAGCUGAAGUGCUGGCCCUUCUGGCGACAAGGCUCCGCCCGGCGUAUCAGACCCCGGGGGGAUACAGGCCCAUUGCUCUGUUGCCAACCCUGGGGAAGGUAAUAGAGUCAGUGGUCGCCAGGAAGGUCACUCAAGCGGCAGAAGUCAACGGCCUCCUACCAGAUGAACAAAUGGGGAACAGGGCACACCGCUCUACAGAGCUGGCUGUCCGGCUAGUAGUAGCUCAGGUCCAGGAGGCGUGGAGACAGAAGGGUGCGGCAUCCCUAUUGCAACUGGACAUCUCAGGAGCCUUUGACACGGUCAACCAUACCCGACUGCUAGCAACUUUGCGAGAAAUGGGCUUCCCGAGGUGGCUGGUCCUCUGGACGAGAGAUUGGUUGACCGGUCGAGAGGCCACCCUUCUUUUCGACGGCAAGACGGCGGCGCCGACGGCAAUUCGGGCAGGGGUCCCCCAAGGCUCACCCCUUUCCCCUGUUCUCUUCAUCCUCUACAUUUCCUCAUUAUACAAGCAGCUAAAAGACGAGCACCCUCACUUGGCUAUAACAGGGUUUGCGGAUGACACCAACCUUCUAGUAUUUGGUCGAAACCCCGAAGCCAAUGUCCGGCAACUAGAGGCGGCGUGGGAAACGUGUAUACGAUGGGCGGACAGUCGGGGGAUGAAGUUCGCCCCGGAAAAGAGCGAACUGAUCCAUUUCAACAAAGGGCGACGGCAGUGGACCGAACAAGUAAACCUUGCCAACCCAAGGGGAGGCACCAGCCCCGUUAAACCAGAAGGGUCUGCCAGGUUCCUGGGAGUCUGGUUGGACUGGAAACUCAACUGGAAGGCCCACCUGGUGGCGGUGGAGAAGAAGCUGAGGACCCAGAGCUAUGCCCUGUCGAGGAUCGUGGCAAAGACAUGGGGGAUGGGGCUAGCCAAAGCGCGAGAAGUGUACACAAAGUGCAUCCGGUCGGGCGCUGGCCUAUGGCGCAUCAUCGUUUCACAUCCCCACGGAUGUGGGAGAGCGAGCCGGCAAAGAAAGGGCAUCACCAAGGCCCUCGGAGAAGGCCCAGAACAAGAGCUUGCGGAUUGUGGGCGGGAGCCUUUAAGUCUACCCCCAUUCCGCAACCUCGAGACGGAGACAUGGGUUGCCACCCGAACCGACCUAGACGACAGUCAAAGCGGCAAGAAGACGGCGGGGAGCGUUGUCCUCACCGCCUGCCGCAAGAUACAGCAGAGACUUAGCUCGAGGAGGGGCAACAGGGGCCGACCGCGAACCUUGGGACCUCAAGGGCCUACGGCGGUGGAGAGAGCCGCGGGCACGGUCAUGCGCUGGACGGGGGGAACCGUUGAUACGAACAGGGUAGUAGAAGAGGCUUGGAAAGCCAGGUGGUUAAAGGAACGGGAUGGCAGGGCAAUCACCAGGCCGGCGGACGACUUUGACCAUCAGCAGGAGACGCUAUUCCGGAACGAAACCCUAAGGAGGCACGACGGUCUCAACAAGGCGAAGAGCUCACUGCUGAUUCAAAUCCGGACGGGAGCAAUAGGCUUACGGGACUUCUUGUUUACACGGGGAGUCCCGGAGGUUCUGACUCCUGUCUGCGAGUGUGGCGAGGGACGAGAGACUGCCGAACACCUGGUAGUGUGGUGUUUGGCCCCACCGUUGACUCGAAGAUGGGAGAGAACUGGAAUUCGGACACGACGGGACUUUUACUCUGUUCUACACGGCAUCAAUCCCACGACUGCACGGCUCGCGAGGAGAGUUCUCGACUGGCUGGUGGACUCGGGGAAGCUGCCGAUGUACAACUUAGCCAGGAGGCUCGAGCUGGAAGCGGCGGUCUGA